UCAAGAUCAAGAAUGUAAGCAACCUGUCUUCCUGCAGUCCUGCACGGGCCAGCGUUUGACGCCCGCCGCAUGAAUCACUAUAGUCGCAUUGCACGAGUCUGAGGUCUAGAUCAGUGGUUCCCAACCAGGGGUCCAUGGAAGAAUUUCAAGGAGUCCAUAGUCUGCAGAACGAAACGUCUUCUGCUUUCAUAUAAAAGGCCUGCAGCUUAAUCAUCAUAACAAUGCAAGAUUGUAGCCAAAGUUUUACCUCUGAAGAUAGCCUCCAUUCACCUGCCAAGGCUAACAGAACAUGGCAACCAUCCGCCACAGCCUCCAGCGGGAUGUGUUUGAGCCCACUGAGGAGCGGCUGGUGGGGGUGCUGUACGUCACCAAGCCAGGCAAGAAGAAAAAGACAAGCUUCCUCUGUGCAACCAUCAAUAAGGAGAAGCCUGUGUAUGCCACCAUCCACCAGGUUAAGAAGACAGACAAGGAUGCUUACAAGAAAAAGAGUUCAUGGCCGCUUCGUGAACUCCAAGUGGUGGACGGAAGAGAUGAAAAUAAGGACACGGCAGAACUGGAUCUCACCUUUGAUAGAGUGUACAAGUGGGUGGCCAACAGCACACCUGACAAACACUCCUUCAUCCAGGUGUUAUGGAAGUUGUGUUGCCGCUACCUACCUAAGCAGAAGCCCCAGUUCAUAAACAUUCCCACAGAACUCAUUGAGGAAAAUACUGACCUCACUGAGAGUCGGGAUGCCAACACUUCAGCCUUGGACACCAUGGAUGCAGUGCUAGAGGAGGAGGGGGACUACCAGGCUCUGUCAGAGCGGGAGCAGCUGGACCUUGAGAGGCUCAUGGAGCAGUGUGACUCAGCAGUGAGUAAUGCCGAGGCCUUUGCUGAGCAGCUCUCUCGAGACCUCUCUGUCCUGGAUGGGGCUAAUAUCCACACCAUGAUGGCCUCUGAGGCGCAGGUGGAGGCCCUUAUGGGGAUGAUUGAUGCUGCCUACACCGAGGCAGAGAAGAUAGAGGAGCGACUGGACUCGUAUGAUGAGAUCCUACAGCAUGUGAAGGACUCCAUUGAAAAGAUGGCUGACAAGAACACUUCAAUUGAACAGACCAAUGCCAACAACUGCCGGCUGCUGGAGGUGCUGGAUCACCUCAUCGGACAGCUUGACCUGCCUCGUGGAUAUGCACGAGACCUGGUAGAGGCAGACCUAAACAAAGCGGGAAGUUUGGCCCAGGCCAUCCAGGUAGCUGAGGCACUGCAGGCAGUGCUCAGUGCUCCCAUCCCACCACACCUGACACAGCUCCAAGCAGUGCAGGAUGAAAGGAAACGCUUUGACAAGUUGAGAGCGCGGUUCAGUCAAGUGGUGUCACGGCACCUCAACAACCUGUUCAUCCACCUGGGCAAUGACCCCGGAGAGACACUGAGCCAGCACGCUGAGCAACUAACUUUACCACGGCACGGUAACCUUCAUGCUGAGCUGCAGCCUUACACUCGCCUCAUGCACUGGACACGUGCCCUAGACCCACGUGCCUACCUGCAUCUCACCAAGACCUACAAUUCAUCCAUCAGCAAGCUGUAUGAACGUGACAUCCGCUGGUUCUUUGAGGAGGCAAGGCAGCGCAUCUCUGGCAGCAGGAGGCUGAGGGGCAGUGGCUCCAGUCAGGACAUUGCUGGAGUGUCGGGUGUGGCAGGGAAGCUCACCUCUCAGAUCAAGCAUGGUGCACAGACACUGGGCACCCGCACCACUGCACCAGGGGCCCUGUUAGGGGUAGACAGAGACCAGUGGGGCUCGGAGCUGGACAUGCAGGAACGCCAGAAGUUUGACGAAAUAUUUGAGCGUGUCUUGAGUGAGCUGCAGCCUGUGUGUCUGGCAGAGCAGGAGUUCUGUAUUGCCUUUUUCGACCUGAAUGCUGCUGGCACGGAGAAGGCACCAUCAUCAGUGGCCAGCACACCAGGCUCCAGUGGCAGUGAGGAGAGCAGUGGCUCCACUGCCACCUCCAGCACUGGUGUGGCUGGGACCCCUGGGCCAGGCAAGGGCAAGCAGGUCAACAGGGAGGUGCGGUCCAUGAUGGGAGCACUAUUCAAUAUUCUUGAGCAGCAGCUUUCCUCCUUCAUCAACACCUAUGAUCGGGCUGACUCCUACUGCUGCCUCUACAUCUAUGUACGCCUCAGUGAGCAUGUGCUGACUGCUGAAGACACUGGCUCCUUUCUCAGCACCACGUUUGGCUCCUGUCUUGUUCAAGCCAAGCGCAACUUUGAUAGAUUUAUGAACUUGCAGAUCCAGUCCAUACAGGAGUGUCGUGUCGCCAGGAAAAAGUGUGGCAUCCUGCCUUUCAUCACUAACUUUGAGGAAUUCGCCAAGACAGCUGAAAGUGUCUUUAAGAAGAGUGAGCGUCGGACUGACCUCGACAAGUGGUACGUGCGCCUUGUCACCGCCAUGUUCGAGCACAUCCCAAGAGUGGCUGUAGAGCAUCAGCGCACCCCCCCGGAGGUGAUCAAGAUGGAGAACUACCAUGUCCUGCACCAGCUUAUGUCCCAGCUUAAGCUUCCUGGCAUGGACAGCCAGAAGAAGGAGGCCAAGCAAAGGUACCAGGAAGCCCUUGGCCUGUAUGUCACUCAGUACUUUGGCAGACCACUCGAGAAGCUGAAUCAAUUCUUUGAUGGCGUGUCUGCCAAGGUGGCCAGCGGGGUGAAGGAGUCUGAGGUUGGCUACCAACUUGCCUACAGCAAACAGGAACUCAGGAAGGUCAUAAAAGAGUAUCCUGGGAAGGAAGUGAAGCGGGGUCUAGAGCAGCUGUAUAGGAAGGUGGAGAAGCAUCUCUCGGAGGAAGGAAACUUGCUGCAGGUGGUGUGGAGAGCCAUGCAAGAGGAGUUCAUCCGCCAGUACAAAUUGAUUGACGACCUCAUCCACCGGUGCUACCCUGGGGCCAUGAUCUCCCUGGAGUUCUCAAUAGACGACAUUCUCAAUUACUUCUCAGAUAUUGCACAGUCUCAUUAAGGUGUACAUUACAAAGUCUUAUUUAUGAAAGGUGUACAUAUAGUAUAUGGUAUGUAUGUAUGUAGUUUUAUAAGUAAGCUUUUCUUGAAUAUUUAAUUGGCAUUGAAAGAUAGUUUAUAAUAAAGUAGCUUUCAUUUACUUUUAUUAGCUGUUGGUAGAUACAUACAUUUAGUUUCAUUUUGCAUAAUUCUAUAUUCAUAUAAGUUUAUCAUACACAUUAUAAGAAGUUUGUAAAAUUUAUUUAUGUAAAUUAUGAAAUGUUUAUCAUCAUCAACCAUAUCAGUGAUAAUAGAUUUUUUUUCCAGUUACAAGUAAGCCUUUCAUGUUUGUGAAGCAAGUCUGUGAUACUCAUGACCUUUUAUUCAUAAUUAUGGUUCAAGUGGACUGCAUCUGAAUUACUGUUACAGUUAUAUUUAUGAUAGAGCAUUAUAUUAGUAGGACUCAUGUUACUUAUAGAACAUUUGUUUAUAAGAGAAGUAUAAUACCAUCAUUUUAUUUUCCUUUCAUUGCUCACUAAUUUGUACCUAAUAUGACUCAACACUUCUUUUGAUGUGGUAUAUAAAAGAAGUCACCAAUCAAAACACUUUAUUUCAGUGGCAUAGUUUCUGAACGUUAUUUCUGUUUACCUUUAGGGCUCGUAUCUGAGAGUUUUAGGAAGUGGACGAUGAUUGUUAUUAGGAAUUUAUUUGCUAACUCAGAGCAGCAAAAAACAUUGUAGCAUUUACCACUAUAUUUAAUAUGAAAGAAUCCUGCUGACAAGUGGCUCAAGAGGGCAAUCAUAAUACAUUGAUCAACUACAUGUAUUGUCUCAACCAGAAUGAGGGACAUAAUCAAUACUACUUUUGAAUCAGUCUGUGACUCCUUGAAUUUGUAGCAAUUCAUUUCUAAUAUCAUUCAUUCUCAUUGUAAGUGGAUAUUGCAAGAAAACUGGUAAUCCAUCAGUAAGAGUAAAAAUAGUUUGUGUAGCAGCAUUUCUGAAACAGGACUGUGCCCAGUUUCAAUAGGGAAGUCCCUGUAAGCCUUGGCCCAUGAGUGGGGUGUUAGAGAAUUUUUAUAGUUUGAUAUCUGGGCAUCAGAAUGUGUGAAUGUAGUGCAACACUUGAUUCAUUUUUUCGUACACUCAUACCAGUUUAUUUUUCGUCUCUAGGAUUAUUCUGUCUUUCCUUUUAGCAUGUACGUACAGGAAUUGGGGGAAGAAGUCUCAGAUAUUUAUCAUGAGAUAACAAGCUUCCUGAAACCUUGAAGAUAAUGUAUUUAUGAAAAUAUGUAUAUAGUACUUGCUGUACAUGUACAUCAGCCUAUGCACCCCUUAUCAUACUGAUAAGUAAUAAAACUGUUAUGUUUCUA